UGUAUAUAACUUGAUAUUACGGUCAUUGGUGUAGAAUUAUAUAACAAUCGAGGAUAGUUCAGGCAGACCAGUUUGUUGUAUUGAUAGUUCAGGCAGACCAGCUUGUUGUAUUCAAGAUGGAAAAACCAGUGCUAGACCCGACUGACCAUCAAGGAGGGAAGGCGUUUGGCAAGUUGAUGGAGGAAAGGAACAAGAAACUAGAGGACAUUAACCAGGAAGCCAGGGAUGACGACCAAUACAAAGAUGUCGAGGACUUGGACGAGAAACUAAACCAGUACAAAGAGAAGUUCCUGGAAUUCGAUCUCGACACCUCUGGCGAUAUAAACUUAAUGGGACUGAAGUUGAUGUUGGAGAAGAUGGGGCUGGCUAAAACACACAAUGAGAUUAAGGCUAUGGUAGACCAAGUUGACACAAGGAAUUCUGGUACAAUAUCCUACAGGGAUUUCCUCACGAUGAUGUUAGGCAGCAAGAACUGCAUCCUCCGAUUGAUAUUGCUUUACGAGUCUUUUGGACAAGAACCAGAGAAACAAAAAGGCGUAGCACCUCCACGUACUCUCGACUCUCUCCCGUAAUGGACGACUGGGAAAGUAUGGCUCCAACCUGGAAAUGCACAUACAUUAACAUUUUUAUGCAAUCUCUCCCAGGGGGCACCGUGGUCCCCUUAUAUGGAGACACCGCAAUGCAUUCUGGGAGAUAUCGGUUUUUUAUCCUUGUUUAUGUAUAGUAUGAGAACUGUAUUUUAAGUACCCGUCUUCCGAAAUAUAGUCUUAGUUCUGAUAUCAGCCCACGGAUAACAUUUUUUCAAAUUUUUUAGAAAUAAUCUAUAUAGCAAUUCAGCUUGCAUUCAAUCUUAACUUGGUUUCGUUUUUAACUGCAUAUCUGCAUUUUGCAUUUACCGCUACAUUGACCAAUCACAUAUAUAUACUUCAUCUUAACCAGUAACGCCACCUGUCGCGUCAUAUCCGGGGCCAAAAGAAUAUUAUACGGCUAUACCGAACAAUAAUUAUAAAAUAAACUUGUUAACAACUUUGUCACAAUUCUAUUUAAAGUCAUAGUGAUCAUGUAGUGUUCUUUUUUUAAUUUGAAAAAAAUAUGUACCACGCCCCGUAGUAGAUAUGUAUUCACUACGCCUGUAGCGAACUAAAUAUUUUGAUGCAUGUUUAAAACUUAUUUUUAUAUUGUUGUUGGCAUAAUACAUGAAUUAAUAAAAAAUCAGUAAUUUUUAUUUGUAUCUG